AGUGUUGAUGUUUGUAGGUUGUGUUACUUUUUAAUAAAUGAAUACGUGACUAAAAAUGUAUAUAUACGAGUUACCUUUUGAUAUUAAUAAGGAAUUGUGUAGGUUAUUAGAUAACGACGACGACUGGAAGGAAUUGGCCGGCGUUCACAUGAAAUAUUCGGCUUUCGAUGUCAACGAAAUAGAACAAGUUGCAAAUCGUCAAGCCUCCUCUCCCACGAACCAACUAUUCACUAGAUGGGGUCAACUAAACCAUAGAGUAGAAGAAUUAUUUAUAUUAUUAUAUCGCAUGAAACACAUACCAGCACUAAGAUGUCUAGUGCCUGUAGUUGACAGCAGAUUCCACCGCCUCCUACAGAAACAGGAUAGCAAGAGUUUGAAAGAGAAACAUUAUCUUUCAUCCGAUGGUAACGUCAAUAGACAAAAAACAUUGAAAGUUGAGGGAAGUGACACAUCACUACCUCUGCCUGUAAUGCUUAUUGAAAAGGCUAUACAACUGCCAACACCGAGCAGAGUGUAUGACUAUGCAUCACCAACAGAUGAUUCGAAUACAGAUAGUACAAAGAAUUCGAGAUCUACACAAGGCAACAAACCCGAAGGUUUAGAUGACGAAGUACUCAGAAAUGUAUCAGCUAUUCCGCUGUUAAGUUAUGAAGAUCUAACGGAGGCUACUAAUAACUGGAGUGACAAUAAUCUGCUGGGGAAAGGUGGAUUCGGGAAAGUGUACAAAGGCGAAUGGAAACUUCUGCCAGUAGCGGUGAAGAAGUUGCUUGAUAAUGAUGGCAAGAAUAAAGAACUCAUCAGAGAAAUGUGCCUCAAUCAGUACAGACAUGACAAUAUUCUGCCACUAUAUGGGUAUAGUCUAGGAGGUCCAGAAGCUUGUCUUGUAUACCAGUUAAUGGCUGGAGGUUCCUUGGAGCAGAGGCUAAGAUUCAAAACACUAUACCCGCCGCUUUCUUGGGCACAGCGUCACAGGAUAGCACACGGUGUUGCCAGAGGUCUCCAAUAUCUCCAUACAAUGGCCGGGACACCUUUAAUCCAUGGAGACAUAAAACCCGCUAACAUUUUGUUGGAUCAGUGCACUAUCCCUAAGAUUGGAGACUUUGGUCUCGCUAGAAAGGGGCCUUAUGGAGAAGAUAGGACACAUUUAAAAGUGUCUAGAGUUCACGGCACUCGACCGUAUCUACCGGACGAAUACCUGCGGUCCCGAUGUCUCUCGCCAGCCGUGGACGUGUUCAGUUUCGGGGUAGUCAUGGUGGAAAUGGCGACCGCCUUGCCCGCUAUAGAUAAAGCUAGAUCGGUUUUACUAUUGAGCGAUUACGUUCAUCAAUUAGCUAGAGAGGGGGUGGAUUUUGCAACUGAAGAGGACACAAUCCUUCGUGGAACUCAAAAUUCUUAUCCCCAACUAUGCAGAGAGUUUGUAGCUAUAGGUCUUCACUGUACAAAGUAUUUGAGACAAGAGAGACCAACUAUGCUUGAAGUUUACAAAAGAUUGGACGCUAUGGAAUUUCCAGGGAAACAUUAUUCAUGAAAUUAAUGUUAUAUAAAACCUUUUUUUUUUAUUUAAUUAUUAAUCUAUUUAAGUAAUGAGGUAACACUGAAUGUUUAUGUAAUGGUGUGAGUUAAUUAAAUAUUGUUGUAUGGUAAAGUUAAUAUUGUAAAAAAAACAACGCGCGUAGACGCAAGUGCCAUCUUGUAAUUAUUAUUAAUUAUUAUUAUUAUAAACAUUUAAUAUUUUUGGGAAUUUGUACACUUAUUAACUUUUAUAAUCUGUGCCUUUUAUAUUAUCGGUGUCAUAAUAUAUUAAUAAUUAUGAAUAAUAUAGGUAUACAUACUUAGGUAUAAUAUAUGUACAUACACGGUUUUGAACCGCGAUACCUUUUUAAUUUUAAAUGAACUUUCGAUAUGCUCAAUAGCCGACUGUCUGCUUAACCUAAAUAGUAUAAAGAUUUAUAUGUAAGUUUGAAUGUACGAAAUCCAAUAUCGAAUAUGCAGUAUUAUAAUUUUCAAUAGAAACUACUACUAAAUGUAAUAUUAUAAAUGUUAUACUGUAAA